AUGGCUUCUCGGAUUUUAUUUUCCACAUUCUCGGUGACAUCUCAGGUGUUUUAUCGUACCAAGUUUACGUAUGCCGUGGUGAACUUGAAGCCGAUUGUACCCGGCCAUGUGAGUAUAAACCGAAAUUCAAGUUUGGGGUUUGGAAGAAGGAGGUGA